AUAACAUAUUUUUAUUAUGAAUACGAAGAAAAAAUUAAACCGUUUAUUCGAACAAAAUACUGGAACGUACACCAACAUUUCUAAAAAAAGGUACAAAAAUAAUACAAAAUAUCAAGGGUUCAGGCAAUUUGCAUUUCAUGAAAUCUAUUGUUGAAAAGGUUCCAGUUCAAAACGUUUUCAACUGGAACCUUCACCUAGUGAAUAGUGACUUACGUGAUUGUAAGAAUGUCCUUUAAAAUAGUGGAUUGUGAUGCUCAAAGUAGAGCAUUUCGUUUCGGGAUAAAAAGGGAUGGACCCCUCAAAGUGGAAAUGUCGGGUGAAAUCACUGCUGCUUAAAAUUUGUUUUUAGUUAAAUAAUUUACUGUUCGAAUAAAAUGUUGAUAACCGAUACGAUAGCUUGUCGUUCGGACGGUCACAAGGCGCUAUGCUAUCGCAACAGUAAAUAAGGUCGUCUAUGUAUGUAUUAGGCUUUCAUGACUACAUGACUGAACCGAUUAUAAUGAAAUUUGGUACAACAACUUUGUCACAAACCAAAUUAUCGCGGACGGUACGAGCCCACGCUAGUAAAUGAAAUAGUUAUGGGAAUAAAUAAUUGUGAUUUAUUCAUUAAUUUUCCUAAAGUCACUAUUUAAAAAUUUAGCUUACUAGAUUAAAUUAAAGUCUGUCAGAUAAAACUUAGGUACUUUUGCUAUGGCCGAAAGCGUUGACGAUAACAAUAAAAUAGUAGAAAAUAGCUGUGAUCCCGAAGAUAUUGAGUAUGAAUUUAAUUUUAUUAAUAUUCCAUGGGACGACCGUUCAAAAAGGAGCAAAGCUGGCAUAAUUGCAUUAUUAACAGCUAUAUUUAUAGCAACUAUGGCUUGUGUGAUUAAUAAUUUCUUGAUACACUAUAAAAAAAUAGAUUCUAUGAAGGAGUUGAGCAGUAAUGAACUAAAUUGCGUUCGUGUAAAAGUCGAUGAUUAUCGAUUUGUGGCCAGGAUACAUUCAGUGCUGUCUAGAGAGUUAUUAUGCGUGGGAGCUGUUGUCAGCAAGACCUCUGUUCUAGCUACUGGCGCAUGUGUACAAUCUGACCAGAUCCGCAUAUUCUUAGGAAGUGCUACAGAACAACGGUGUAAGAAAGGAUUUUUAAUUGAUGUUAUCGAAUCAAUUCACCAUGAGGGGACUGCAUCCAGAAAGCUAGUACUACUAUCUAGCUUUGAAAAUUUUGGGGACUGUGCAGACGUUAUAAGUAUUGGUCAAUCCAUAAAUUGGGACGCAAACGUACAUAUCAUUGGACGACCUACGAAUAUUGGACGAUCGCUUUCACGGCAACGAGUUACGUUAAUUGGCAAACAAUUUCACUUUACCGGUGUUUCUAUGAAACAAUUAAAUUUAAAUGCAAUGAUUUGUGUAAAAGACAUUACGAGCUGUCCGGUGCGCGCAGGAGACUUGUUGUUACAAAGGGGGCGUUUGUUCGGAUUAGCAGCGACCAGCGUCAACUAUUUGGACAGUAACAAAUUAGCUUGUUUUGCUGAUUUAAAUGUUGUCCAAAAGGAAUUGAAGGACUUAGACAACGAAAUAAAAUUUGAUGAGUCAGUAGACGAACAUGAUGUUAUUUGACACAGAUUAGUAUAAAAACAUUGUUAAUUCUUCAUAAGCUGCAGUGUCUAUGAGUAUUUGGGUGUUUCCGGCGACAAGUAU